UAUGUUUUUGUUCUGCUUCUGCUGCUAGUAGCUCCCUGAACCCCCUUUCAUCAUUUGUAUAUAAUAGUAAAUUUAGCAAAAAUAUUUUACAUAUACAUUUUAAACAGAAUAUAUCACUUUAUAAUAACAAUUUUAUAUUGUCAUUGGUCAUGCAAGUUU